AUGCUGCCGACCUACAGCCCGUACGAGGGCGGCCACGACGCUCCCGAGCUCCGCAUGCCGACCGGCUUCUCGCGCAACGUGCCCGAGCGCCGCAUUCACUCGCACAACGACUACUGGCGGGACGUGCCCGUUUACACCGCCCUCUCGCACGGCGUCCUCUCCAUCGAGGCCGACGUGUGGCUCAACCCCAAGGAUGACGUGCUCUAUGUGUCGCACAGCGUCGCCGCCCUCACUCGAGCCCGCACUUUCCAGCGCCUGUACAUCUCGCAGCUCGUCGACGUCCUCGAGCGCGCCAACGUGCACGACCACGAGACCACCUUCUUCAAUUACGUCGACUACUACAGCCAGGAGAACGAGCGGGAGCCGAGGAGACUUUGGACAAGCUUCUACGAGGGCAACAUGACGCCGAUACGGCUGCUCGUCGACCUUAAAACUCGCGGCAACGAGACGUACCAUGCCGUCGUGCGGGAGCUCGCGCCGCUCCGGGAGCGAGGGUGGCUCACUCGGUGGAACGGCACCCAUGUCGUACCAGGUCCGGUCCAGGUCCUCCUCACGGGCAACGGCAUCAACGCCGACGUGCGCGCUCAAGUCGCACCUGCGAGGGACCGCGACGUCUUCCUCGAUGCUCCGCUCCUCAAGCUCGACGAGACGUGGCUCGGGGUCGACGGCGUCAAGUACGGCUGGAACUCGUCCCUGGCCCCUAUGGCAUCCGCCUCGUUCUCGUCGGCGACCUCUUGGACGGGGCGACGAACGAUCGACCCGGCGACCGAGGAGGCUCCACUCGCCGCCCUCAUCUCUUCUACGCAAUCUCGAGGUUUUGAAACUCGGCUCUGGUCGUCGCCUCGUUGGCCGACACACGUCCGCGACCGUGUCUGGCGCACCCUGUACGACCUGGGGACGGAUUGGCUCGAUGCGGACGACAUCGAGGCGGCGGCGGCAUUCUAG